AUGAUGUCAAAUAAUCAACAAUAUGGCACCAAAUGCUCAGAUCAUUCCCACGAAGAUAUUAUUUUAAUAUGCUCAACUUGUCCAAACAACCCUCCUGUAUGUAGAUGUUGUAUUGUUGGUAAUCAUAAUUGUCAUAGUUUUAAAGAAUUUGAUGAUGUUAAAUUUAGAAAUCAAAUAGAACAUGAUUUUAAAAAUCAAACAAUACCAAAAUUAAACAGCUUUUUAGAUAAUAAUAAAAAAAUAUUGGACGAAUCAAACCAUCACUUUGAACAAAUUAAAGAUAACCAUACAAAUAAUUUUGAUAAAACUCUUAAUAUAUUUAAAGAGUUAAAAUAUAUUAUCAAUUCAAAAGAAAACGAUGUCAAAAGAUUAUUAACGACCAAAUUAGAAGAAAAUACAGAUGUAAAUAAUACAAUAACAACAAAAAUAGAAAACAAUAAUAAUAAAAUUAAUUCUGCUAUUAAGUUUAAUAGUGAUAAUGAUUUUAUUGAGUUUUUAAAAUACAAUCAUCAAUGUAACAAUCUUUUAUCAAAUAUAAAUAAUGAUGACUUACCAGAAUAUAAAGAUACUCAAUUAGUAAUUAAAGAAAAUAAUCUCGAUUCGAUCAAAGAUCUAAUAAAUAGCUAUUUAGAAGUACUUGAUAUUCCUUUUGUUAAAACACUAAAAUUUUUAAAUAAAGAAUUUGCAAUUUACGAAGAGGGGUGUGAUAUCAGUAAUUUAGAAAUUAGUCACAUUGCUAUUGGACCUAUCGAAUGUUUACCUAAAACUAUUUCAGCAACAGUUUUACGUUUAUAUUUAAUAGAUGGCUUUAAUCAACCACUUAGUUUUAUACCACCCACCGUACAAAGGCUGUAUUUAGAAAACAUCAAGUAUCAAUUAACACUUGAUUCAAUUCCAGCAACCGUUACACAUUUAUAUUUACUUGAUGGCUUUGAUCAACCUCUUAAUUUUAUACCACUCAAAGUAAAAUACCUGUAUUUACAAAACAUCAAUUAUCAAUUAACAACUGAUUCAAUUCCAGCAAACGUUACAGGUUUAUAUUUAAUGAAUGGUUUUGAUCAACCACUUGAUUUUAUACCACCCACCGUAGAACACUUGUAUUUAGAAAAUAUAAAGUAUCAAUUAACACCUGAUUCAAUUCCAGCAACAGUUAAACAUUUAUAUUUACAAGAUGGCUUUGAUCAACCACUUACUUUUAUACCACCCACCGUACAAGCCUUGAGUUUAGAAAACAUCAAAUAUCAAUUAAUACCAGGUUCAAUCCCAAAUCAUUUAGAUACUCUUAAUUUAUGUUUACUAGAUGGCUUUAAUCAACCUCUUAAUUUUAUACCACCCACCGUACAAAGGUUGUAUUUAGAAAACAUCAAGUAUCAAUUAACACCUGAUUCAAUUCCAGCAACCGUUACACAUUUACAUUUACUUGAUGGCUUUGAUCAACCACUUAAUUUUAUACCUCCCACCGUGAAAAUCUUGCAUUUACAAAACAUCAAUUAUCAAUUAGCACCUGAUUCAAUUCCAGCAGCCGUUACGCAUUUAUAUUUACUUGAUGGCUUUGAUAAGCCUCUUAAUUUUAUACCACCCACCGUAAAAUACUUGUAUUUAGAUAACAUCAAAUAUCAAUUAACACCUGAUUCAAUUCCAGCAACAGUUACACAUUUAUAUUUACUUAAUGGCUUUGAUCAAUCACUUGAUUUUAUACCACCCACCGUACAGCACUUGUAUUUAGAUAACAUCAAAUAUCAAUUAACACCUGAUUCAAUUCCAACAACAGUUACACUUUUAUAUCUACUUUAUGGCUUUGAUCAACCACUUGAUUUUAUAUCUCCCACCGUAGAACACUUGGGUUUACAAAACAUCAAGUAUCAAUCAACACUUAAUUCAAUUCCAGCAACCGUCACGCAUUUAUAUUUACUUGAUGGCUUUGAUAAACCUCUUACUUUUAUACCACCCACCGUAAAAUACUUGUAUUUAGAUAACAUCAAAUAUGAAUUAAUACCUGGUUCAAUCCCAAAUCAUUUACUUUCUCUUAAUUUUGAUUAUGGUUUCUCCCAACGUUUUACAAAAGGUAUUAUUCCUGACUCUAUAACUUCUAUUUAUAUAGGGGAUGUGGUACAUCCUUUAGAACCUAACUCCAUUUCAAACCCCGAUCAAAAAAUUUUUUAUAGUUUCAACUACAAACAUCCAAAAAUAAAAAUUUAA